CUGUCGGCUGUACACUUCCGGAAGAACCGGAAGACAAUAGUAGAAGUUAAUUCUCGGCUCGUAUUUGUCAUUUUCAGAAGAAGAAAAAGGAAAGGGUUAUUUAAUUUAAGCAACUAUAGACCUGAAGAUCUGUCGUCAUGUUUUCCUUUCAGGUUUUCGACCACCCGGGCUUUCAGAACCGCUUCUCCACUCAGUACCGCUGCUACUCGGUGUCCAUGCUAGCAGGACCAAACGACCGCUCCGACGUGGAGAAAGGAGGCAAAAUAAUAAUGCCACCUUCAGCUCUUGACCACCUCAGCAGACUCAACAUCACUUAUCCGAUGUUAUUCAAGCUGACCAACAAGAACUCGGACAGAAUGACCCACUGUGGUGUUCUGGAGUUUGUGGCAGAUGAGGGAAUCUGUUAUUUGCCACAUUGGAUGAUGCAGAAUCUCCUGCUGGAGGAAGGUGGUCUGGUCCAAGUGGAAAGUGUCAACCUUAUGGUGGCCACUUACUCAAAGUUCCAGCCACAAAGUCCAGAUUUCCUUGAUAUCACAAACCCAAAGGCAGUACUGGAGAAUGCACUGAGAAACUUUGCCUGCUUGACAACUGGUGAUGUCAUAGCCAUCAACUACAAUGAAAAGAUCUAUGAGCUGCGAGUAAUGGAGACAAAGCCAGACAAAGCAGUAUCGAUCAUUGAGUGCGAUAUGAAUGUUGAUUUUGAUGCUCCUCUGGGCUACAAAGAGCCUGAACGACGACCUCAGUACCAUGAAGAACCCACAGAGGAAGAAGCAGAUACCACCAAUUAUGCUGACAUGGACACAGGAUUUAGAGCUUUCACUGGUUCUGGAAAUCGUUUGGAUGGUAAAACAAAAGGGAUCGAGCCCAGCCCUGUCCCUCUUGACCCAAAUGACAUUAAAAGAGGCAUUCCCAACUAUGACUUCAAAAUUGGUCGGAUCACUUUCAUCAGAAACUCAAAGCCUCUGCCCAGGAAACUCGCAGAUGAUGAUGAUGCGAUGAACAGAUUCAUUGCCUUCUCUGGACAAGGACAGUCACUUCGCAAGAAGGGCAGAAAACCUUGAAGAACCCUUAGUGGAGAGGCUGGCUGAUUUGCAUAGACUCGCCUUACUCACUGUCACAUUCAACAGCAAAGUAAAAAUAAAAAGACCUCUGGAUGCACUAGGGUUUGCCUCCCAUUUCCCACUGAAAUGAGAGUUUUACUAUUGACCUGACUGCUAAGUAUGUAAUUAAAGCUCUGACGGUAAUGUUUUGCUCCACAAACCAUGUGCUGCUUAAAAUGCUGUCAGUUUUAAUUUGGUAUUCAGAAGUUAAUUGUGACUAAUGUGAGCCAAGCAGAAUAUAUUAUAUCUUAUAUCAGUCCAAAGGAUGACUUUUGAAAUAUUGUUGCAUCACUAGUUUGAUUUCAGAUAUACAGUUUGUUAGGAUUUCCCCCUUUCCAUAACAUAUUUUAUUCAGUUUACUUUGAAUCACACAGAGUCCAAUUAUUUUUGAAAAUUGGGAGAAGUUAAUGCUUUUAUUUAAAUAUUUAAGUUUUUUCCCUUGGUUAUCAAAAUUGGGUUUCCUGAUUUAUUUGUGGAGAAAUAAAGGAUUGUUUUUUUUGAAGUUAAA